AUGUCAGGAACUUCAAGAAAUAAUUCUACCAACAAUGGCGAUGCAUCAGGUACAAACGGUGCAAUGUCAGAUAGCUCCAGCAUCACACCACCAUCAAACAAUCCUUUUCCAAGUAGUAUACCAGCAAACAACCAAGCUGUUUCAAGAUAUGCCAACUCCAGAGCUGGUUCCAAUGUUCUCAUACCAGAACAAAAUGCUAGGCAUUCGUCAAGAAUAGGCGUGCCCGAGCAAGAAAGCUUGAUGGCUGUUUCAAGAUGUGCCAACUCCAGAGCUGGUUGCAAUGUUCUCAUACCAGAACAAAAUGCUAGGCAUUCGUCAAGAAUAGGCGUGCCCGAGCAAGAAAGCUUGAUGGCUGUUUCAAGAUGUGCCAACUUCAGAGCUGGUUCCAAUGUUCUCAUACCAGAACAAAAUGCUAGGCAUUCGUCAAGAAUAGGCGUGCGCGAGCAAGAAAGCUUGAUGGCUGUUUCAAGAUGUGCCAACUCCAGAGCUGGUUCCAGUGUUCUCAUACCAGAACAAAAUGCUAGGCAUUCAUCAAGAAUAAGCGUGCCCCAGCAGGAAAGUUUGAUGGCACAAAAAAACCCAAUGCCUCUGUAG